GGCUGCGGGACACGGCGCCGCUCCGCGCCGGGACAGCGAGCAGCGGACGCGGCUCCGAGCGGCGGAUCCCGGGGCGCGGCGGCAGCGGGUGCCCGGCCGAGCAGACCCCGCGCUGCCGCAGCGCCGCCCGACGAGCCGCCCCGACGCUCCCGCGCCGCCGAGGCCGCAGCGGCGCCGUCCGGGCCGUUCCGGGGUGACGCCGUCCCGCCGCUCGCCGCCGGCACCGCCGCCGUGCGCUCCGUGCCCCCCAAUGCCAUCGGGCGGAGGCCGCGUCCCGAGCCGGGGGCUCCGCUUCGUCCCGCGGGGCGGCGGCGAUGGGGGCGGCUCUGUCCACCGGAGCGGUCGUUGCCAUCUCUUUUAACUGCAUCAUCGCUCUGCUCAUCCUCAUCCUCUUCCACAUCCUCUGCAAGGCCUGCAGGACCCCGUCGUGCCCCAAGAAGAGCCCGGCGUCCGACGCGGACGAGGCGAGGAACGAGGAGAAGUACCUUCUGCAGCCCUGAGCGCGGCCAUGGCAGCGGACGGGACGUGACACCGAGCGGAGCCCUGCGGCCCCGCGGUCCCGGUGCGUGGAUGGAGACACGGCGGCUGGGGACGUGCGCCGUCCUCGGUGUCACCUGGAGAGUGGGGACAGCCCGGCCCAGGGGAUGCGCGCUGCCUUCACCUCGGGGACAGCGGCACGUGGAGGGGCAGCCGCCAGCACCUCGCUGUGCCACGGAGCCCAGCAGGGCCAGUACGAGCCCUGUCCCCUGCAGGAGGCUGCUGCGGUGUGACACCGACCCGGGGGAGCCCUGCAGCACCGCGGCGACCAGGGUGGCUGCGGGCUGUGGGGAGCAGCGGGCACCCGGCACACACCUGCCCUGGGUUUGCUAUGGGGAGUCGCCAGGGCUGCUCAGUGUAUCUGUCUGUCCUGGAUCUGUCCAUUAGGGUCUGCUCAUGCUCUGCCCUCCCUGAGCCUGCCCGCAGCCAGGGGCAGCUCCUGAGCGGGGACUGUUGCUCCUUCUUCCUGUUGCUGUCCCUUUUGCUGCCGUGAUGGGCACGUCUGUGUGUGCUGUGUUGGUUGGGGAUCACUGGCACCACCCCGUGUCUCGCUGCUGCCCACCUGAGCCCACAGAAAGAUGGGGAUAUUUCAAAGCUGUGGGGUCAGUUUGUGUGCCUGGUGCAGCGACACCAAAGGGUCUUCCAGCACCCGGGGACAUGGGUGCAGCCUGGACCCCUCUCUGGUGCCACAGUGGCUGUGCAGCAAAGGAUGUGGUCAGCAUCCCCCCUGUUUUGCUUGUGGGUCUGUUGGGGCUCUGCCCUGCCCAUCCUAGAGCCAAGCAAUAGCCAGAGUGAGGCCCUGGGGUGCCUGGUCUGCUGCAAUAAGGGCUGGAGGUGGGGGGGGGCUGUGCUGGCAGGGAUGCGGGCUGGGGUCCUUCCUCCAGGACUGGCUCCUUCCCAUAUCAGGUGUAGCUAACAUGUCCCUUUGCAGUUGUGGGUUUUUUUUGUUUGUUUGUUUUUUGUUUUUUAGAUUAAUAAACAGAUCGUAGGACCCAG